UAGGUUUUUUACAAUCUGAUAUUUGAUAUAAACUCUUUCUUCUACUGCGCUCCCUCAAUCGCCGUCUUAUUUUACUUACUCAUCAGGCGUCCUGUUUUGCAGCGAUCGGUUUCGGAAAGCGCAUUGGCACAGUUGCGAUUUAGAGAUCUAGCAUAUUUUGAAUGGAGUUUGAAGAGGAAGAGAAUGGUUUUCAUGGAGAAGUACCAGAGUUUGGUGCAAUUUUUAUGUCUAGCAUUGCAACAAAAAGAGAAUGCUUUAAAAAGAAAAUCAUGGGCCUUCCAUUGUCCAAGGCUAACUUUGUGAAGCAGGUUAAAUGUGGAAUGGUCUUGUUCCUAUUUGAAUUUGAGAGGAGAGAACUUUUUGGAGUCUAUCGUGCUAGCUCCGAUGGUGCAGUGAACAUUGCGCCCCAUGCAUUUAGUUCAUCAGGGGAUUGUUAUCCUGCACAGGUUCGUUUUACCCCAAUUUGGGACUGCAGUCCACUUUCUGAACCUGAAUUUCGUGGUGCAAUUAGAGAUAAUUACUAUUCUGCAAAGAAGUUUAACUUUGGUCUAUCUCAAGAUCAGGUCCGCAGUCUUCUGAUGUUGUUCAGGACAAGGAAAUUAAGAAAUAAGUUACCCCCUAGACAGUUUUCUAGAGUUAUCAACAGAAGAGUUGAUGAAAAUAGUUAUAUUGUUGAUGAUGAGAUCCCUACAGCAAGUAAUGGUUUUCCUAAUGAAAAUUGCAUUGAGCCUUCUCCAGUAAUAGCAUAUCCAAAUAUUUAUUGGGAUAGAGAGAAUGAACUAAAUGGUGAUGCAUGUUCUAAAGGGAAUAGGAUUGAGGAUGAAUAUAGAGUUAGUUUUUCAGAUGGGGGAUGCUUGAACAAUAACUACAGUGAUUCACCAGGUAGGAGAAGAAUGGAUGAUGAUGGGAGGAUAUUGAUGAAUGAUAUUGCAGGUAAUAGCCUUAAUAAUGAUCAUCCUCUGGCUAUGGGAAUGAGAUUAGCUGAAGGCAGCCAAUUCUCAAUGGAUGAUACAGUUAAAAAUGACUUUAAAAAUCUUCCUUCUGUUAUGUCUUCUAAUGAUAUGGCAGAUCCCGUUCAUUUCAUUAGAAACAAUGGUGGUGCCUUGUUUACAAAUAGGGAGAGGAUAGUUAAUCAAUCCAACGUAGAAUGUGGUUCUGGGAUGAUCAGAUUGACUAAAAGUUAUGGGAAACUUUCAAAUGAUUGCCCAUCUGCACUUGCAACGCGUUAUGCUAGGUCUCUGCUGAAUGAUGGUGCGGAAGAGCUCCAUAACCCAGAUUAUACACCCGCUGUCUCUGGUAACUUUAACAGUGGAAACUUUUUGAGAAAUGGUAGUAGUCAGCAUAGAUUAAUUCAUGAUAGCACUGAAAAUAAGCAUCUUAAGGACUGUGUUGAUGUUUCCACCAUUCCUUCUACUCACUUUGUACAUCCAUCCCGUGACACAGACAAAUUAUAUGGAGAUGCCAGAUCACCAGUGGGUUGGAAUAAAAGAGAGCAUAGUACUUUUGGGGGUCCAGGCUUUCAUUGUAGCAGAAAUGAGUAUUUUCAUUCUCUUGCUAGGGAUAGAAGAGUGGAUGAAAAUACUAUUGAAUAUGAUCUUGGACCUUCUGCUUCAAAUGAACAAUCCUCUUUUCGUCUAAAUGUAGACAAACAAUGGGUUAAUGCUGACUGGUACAGGAAGAACAAUCCUGAAAAUGCUGCUUCUCUUUUGGAGAAUUUUCAUAGACCUACUCACUUGGUAGGGGAUGAUCGACAUACUGAGAUGAAGCAAAUGUCUCCAGCAAGCUGCAGUAUGCCAUUUUAUGAGACAGCCCUCCCUCGAAUAACAGAAGCAGCAAAAUUUGACAACACUUUCUCAAAUUUUCAAGAUGCAACAAUUACAAGAGCUCUGCCAUGUGAUCACGAGUUUGCUACCUCUCAUUGUGGAUGCUCAUCAUCUUCUCAAGUUGAUCAUGAAUCUAGUUUAGUACAGAAUGACUGUCACAGUGUUGGGGAACAAAAUCUUGAUGUAUUUCUCAAAGAUAUAUCAAUGCCAUACCACGAAAAAUUAGGAGCUUCAACCAGGCUUCCAGAUUUUGCUGCUGAUCACAGGCAAAAAAAACGGUCGUAUUUACAAUCUGUGAUUGGUGAAUCUGAUUUAAAUGCUGAGUUUUCUGAGAAUGUAGGACUUAAUACUACUUCUUCCAUGGUUUAUAGAGCUCCACCAUCUUCAAGGCCAUAUAUGGUUUUCCCAGAUGCUACAGGGCCAGGUGAAGCUGGUCUUCAUGGGGAAUAUACUGGAUUUUCCCCUCUAGCGAUUGAUUCAGGUUGUCAAUCACUGGGUAUCAAAGAGCGUGUUGCAAUGCGAGAAAGUGAUGGAAUACUUUAUCAUGGUGGAGUUGCAAUAACUGACCUCAACAAUAACUUUGAUAUUUAUGAAAGAAUUGGUGAGAAUGAUGAAACUAUGUGCAACAGGUUAUCUGAGCUGUCACAUUCUGAUUAUAAAGAGUUCAAGCGAAGAAGUGUCUUUAGUCGGUUAUCUUCAAAGAAGUGCACACUAAAAGAUGAAGUCAUGGAAAUGCAUCAAAACCAGGUUUCUCUUUCCAAUAAGCAAAUUAAAUGCAAGCCAUUGGUAAAAAGUCAUGACAAUGGUGAAAGUACUGUCCACGAAAAUCAUGCUUCAGUUGAGAUGGAUCACAAUUCUUCAAUGAUUUCUUCACUGAAGAAGAAGAGGAAUUUGCAACAAUCUAUUGAACAAAACGUUCAGCAUGCACAAAAAGAGACACGAGCUGUGGAUUUUAAGCGCCGGAGUGAAAUAAAGAAAAUUUUGCAUGACUCUGACACAAAAGAUCAUUUGAUUUCUGUAGAGAUGAUGUCCUCUGAAAGCUCUGUGGUUAAGGAACUACUAGGUACGCCCCCAGAGCAUGGGAAUCUCACAAAAGAAUUGAUUUCUGAGGAGAAGAUGCCUUCUGGAACUGAAAUUGUAGUUAAGGAACCUGCAUGUAAGCUUGGGAAGCGUAGAAAGCUGGUGAGACCAGUUUUUGGGAAGAGUGAUGUUGAUCACGGUAACCACCAGAGUUCAAAUGUACAUGCCUUACAUGAGGCUUUCAAUGAUAAUGCAAAAUUCGUUAAAGCAUGUCAACAUAAUGCCACUCAAGACAUUGGGCCUUCAAGUUGCCAUGAGCACAGUGAUACUAACAAAAAACAAAGGUUUACUUCUGUGCUCAAGAACAGUUCAGAUCAUCAAGACUCAUCAAGUAGGGAUCUGGAUGGUAAUAUAUCAUCUCAAGAUAAUGGAUCAACCAAUGUGAUCUCAACUGUUCAAGAGCACACUGAUCCUAACUUGAAACAGAGCCUUGUUUGUGGAAACAAAAGGCAGGAAAUGUGUGCUUUGUUGAUUAACGAUGUUGAUGUUAAAGAUAUUGGGAAACUACCUCAAAGUGUACCCCUGGAAGCUGAUUCAGAAAUUUCUCCCGAGGAAGCACCAUCAUGUAUCACAGGCGUCUUGGAUUCUGGAACUCGAGACAGUGCUACAUCUGAAGCUGCCAAUGUUGGUAAUGCUGCAUGUGCCGAUAAGCUUCUAGGUGCUGAAAAUGAGGUAAGGAACCAUCCUAGUAGUUGCAAGUUAAAAAGCGACAAGGUAACACAACCGUGAAUUAAAACUAAAAAUAUGAUAGUUGUAGUCAAAGUGAAAGUUAAUGGGAUUUUGUGGCCAUAAGGGUGCCCUGCAGAUUGAAAUGCCAUGCCGGAGGAAACUAUUUUGUCAUCCGUCAGUCCUAAUUUUUUUGCUUCUUUUUGCUGCUACCCCCUUAUCACAAUCAGCAUUAUAUACUACAGUUCCCUUUGACUCUUUGAAACGAUGUAAAUUGGAAUAUCUUGUAUUUUUGUGAUGAAAUAUCAUCUUGCAUAGUAUACGUGCUGCAAGAAUGAUCAGUAGUCGUUGAACAGUCUGGUCAACAAUUUGUGAUGUUACACAAUUCUCUGUUUAUACGAAUCAAUUUCUAUUUUGCAUUUAUGCUU